AUGUUCGCUCUCAUCACUUUUCUCCUCCUCGUUCCAUCGAUUUAUAGUCAUACAAUCUUCAAAUAUACCAUUGAAGAAAAAUCACCUCUCGAUACAAUCGUUACGGACUUUUCUCAGGAAUUGAGAUUGAACACAUCAGCGUUCUUUCGUAUUUAUGAAUUAUUACCAUUCAACGAAAACUUCUUCGCAAUCGAUAAUCAAACUGGCCAGUUGAAAGUCCGAUCUCGAAUCGAUCGUGACCAAAUGUGUUCCAGACAACAAUGCUCAUGCGAUUCAUGUGAAAUUAUUCUUCAACUUCUCGUUGAUAUUCAAGGAAAAAUUCUCUCAAAACUUGUUCAAAUCAAAAUAAAAGAUCUCAAUGAUCACUCACCGAAUUUUCCUUCUCAAUCUAUCAUACCGAUCAUUUAUAUCAAAGAAAAUGUUCCUCUAGGCUAUCGGAUCGUUCUACCCUCCGCAAACGAUCCCGAUGAAGGAUCCAACAGUGUCCAGUCUUAUCGAUUACAUGGACUAAAUUCCGAUGAUUUCGAUAUUGAUUUCUCUUCAUUUGACAUCCCUUAUUUAAUAGUUCGUUCUUCACUCGACCGUCACCGUCAAUCAUUCUAUUCAUUGACAUUAAUUGCAUCGGAUCACGGUGACCAAUCACGUUCCGAUUCCAUUCAAUUAGACAUUCGAAUUGUCGAUUCCAAUGAUCCCAUUCCCACGUUCUUGCAAACAGUUUACAAUGUUGAUAUACGAGAAGAUACAGUUAUUGGUACAACAAUCUUAAAUAUUGAAGCUAUCAGUGAUAAAAACGGAAAGAUUUUCUAUGAACUAUUAACUGAAUCUCCAUUCAUUAUCGAUCGUUUAACUGGACAAAUUCAAUUGAGCAAAGCAUUGGACUAUGAAAGAGAGAAAUCCUAUCGAUUGACAAUCAAAGCCUACGAACAAUCGAUUCCAACUUAUGCAAAUAUUUUCAUUCGUAUCAUCGAUGUUAAUGAUAAUCCCGUUUCCAUAAGAAUUUUAGUCGAAGGUAACACCACAUUACAACGCAAGGAGAGUGAUAAAACUGUUCUUUUUACUCCGGAAAAUACUCUUGUUGGCACAACAAUAGCUCAUGUUAUUCUAAACGAUCUCGACUCAUUUGCUAAUGGAAAUCCAUAUCUUCAACUACGAACAAGUGAACCUCCGUUACCAUUGAUUUACAAACUGAUAUAUCAGAAUAAUUUCCAGAAUCUUAAACUAUAUUCCUUAAUUCUCCAUCAAAAUCUCGAUCGUGAAACCAAAUCAAUCUAUGACAACAUUCAGUUUCUUGCCUACGAUUCUGGUACACCAACAUUACACACACAAUUAGUUGUUUCACUGAACAUCACUGAUAUCAAUGACUGUAUACCGAAGUUAUUGACAAAUUCCAGUAUUUAUCAAGUUAAUGAGAACAAUCCAAUUGGUUAUUUGAUCGAUCGAUUACGUGCAUAUGAUUGCGAUCUAGGCGAUAAUGCUCGUGUUGGAUAUCGUUUAUUGAAUCAAACUAAUUUGUUGAUAUUGAAUUCUCAGACGGGCGAACUGAGUUUGAAUCAAUCGAUUGAUUUUGAAAAGUUGAACAGGUUUCAUGGGAAAAAUCGCACGACGAUCGAUUUGGACUUUUUAAUUGAAUUACGAGAUUAUGGACAACCAUCAUUAUCAAAUCAAACGAAGAUUACUUUACGUAUUCAUGAUAUGAAUGAUCACUCACCUGAAUUUGAUCAACAUCAGUCGUAUAAUUGGACAUAUUCGAAAGAAAUGCUUCAACCUGGAAUUGUUCUCGGACGAAUUAUUGCUACAGAUGCUGAUUCAGGUCUAUUCGGUUUUCUUCAUUAUUCAAUUCGUUCAUUAAAUCCAUGCUUGAUUCUAAACAUCACCUCUCUCGGUUAUGUCUACAUUCCACAUGAAUUUUCUAUCACCAAAUGUUCUCUCUCACCAUCAUCCACAUUCGAAGUCACUGCAACAGAUUACGAUCCGGUCAAUGCUCGUUCAACUACACAAACCCUAAUCAUUAACCUUCAUUCCAAUUCGUCACCUGAAGAAUUUUUACCUAAACUUUUACCCUUAUCUCUCCAACGUACAACCGUUGAUGUCCAUACAAAAGAUCAUACUGCUUUCAUUAUUGACAUUACAACAUUGAGCAAUCGAACAUAUGAACCAAGAAUUUCUUUAAUUCACGGUCAUUUAGUUCCAUGUUGGAACAUCAGUUCAUCGGGUGAACUCCGUUUGAUAUCUCAUCCAUUGGCUUCGUCGUAUUUCUUAUCCUUCGAUCUGGUCGAUGAUUACAAACAAAGUCAUUCGAUUUAUAAGCUUCAAAUUGACAUAUGUAACAGUUCAAUUUUAAAUUCAUGUCAAUUAUUUCGAUCAUCCAAUAACAAACUUGUGUUAAUAUACGCAAUGAGUUUAGCUCUAUCGAUCACAUUUCUAUGUAUCGUGAUAUUUUCAAUUAUUAUCUGUUUAUGCUGCCGAAAAAGUCAACAGGAGAAUGACAAAUUGGCAUCAAUGCAUCAUCAUAGUUUUCUACAAUACAACGAUGAUUAUCACAAUGAAAAAAUCGACACUGCAAGUGAUCAAUAUAAAAAUGCAUCCGAUUCAACAAUCCGUGAUGACGAUCAUGAUUCAGCAUGUAUUGUCAAUGGACAUUCGGCUUCAUCAACAACAUCAUCAUCGAACGAUACGUGGUAUAAUCGGAAAGAGUCGACUAUUGAAAUGCAGCCAACGUCCAUAUAUCAAUACGAUAUCAAAUUGGCUGAAUUGUUACGAAAGAAUCCCAAUCCGCCAUGUAUAUAUUUGAGUGAUUUACCACCGAUUCCUCAAUCGUCAAGUACAGAUUAUGGAUUCAGUAGUUUGAAUUUGUCGAAAUCAUCUUCGACAUCGACCAUUUCCAAUCAUCAACCUGAAACGUUGAUAGAACGUUCAACAAAAAUGAAAAGUUUUAUUUCAUCUCAUGAAUGCGUUGUUUAA